AUGGAUCUACUACAAACCCUACGGCAACAUGGCAGGACUCUGUCGGCCCGCGCGAUGCAGGCAUAUGAGAAAUUCCAGAAGUCUGGGGAUGUAUCAGACAUUGAUAUCGCUAUCGAGGCUACUAAGCUGGGAUUGACGGUAAUUCCCGAUACUUCCUCUCACUUAACCAGCUAUUUGCACAACCUUGGAGUUUUUCUUGAGAGCCGGUAUAAGCGGACGGGCGAGAUGUCAGACCUAGAAGAGGCCAUCAGAGCAGCAAGACAAGCUGUCGACUCGACACCAGACGAUCAUCCCGACCGGGCAGCCUGGUUAAACAACCUGGGAACUAAGCUCGAGAGGCGGUACGAGCGGACGGGCGAGAUGGCAGACCUAGAAGAGGCCAUCAGAACAGCAAGACGAGCUAUCGACUCGACACCAGAAGACCAUCCCGACCGGGCAGCCUGGUUAAGCAACCUGGGAAACAAGCUUGGCCUGCGGUACGAGCGGAAGGGCGAGAUAUUAGACCUAGAAGAGGCCAUCAGAACAGCAACACAAGCUGUCGACUCGACGCCACACGGCCAUCUCGACCGGGCAGCCUGGUUGAGCAACCUGGGAAACAAGCUUCUUCGGCGGUAUGAGCGGACAGGCGAGAUGCCAGACUUAGAAGAGGCGAUUAGAACAGCAAGACAAGCUGUCGACUCGACUCCAGGUGAUCAUCCCAACCGGGCAGCCUGCUUGAACAACCUGGGAACCAAGCUUGUUCGGCGGUAUGAGCGGACGGGCGAGAUGUCAGACCUAGAAGAGGCCAUCAGAACAGCAAGACAAGCUAUCGACUCGACACCAGAUGACCAUACCGACCGGGCAGCGUACUUGAACAGCCUGGGAAACAUGGUUGAGAGGCGGUACGAGCGGAUGGGUGAGAUGACAGACCUAGAAGAGGCGAUUAGAACAGCAAGACAAGCUAUCGACUCGACACCAGACGAUCAUUCCAACCGGGCAGGCAGGUUGAAUAACCUGGGAAACAAGCUUGAGAGCCGGUAUAAGCGGAUAGGCGAGAUGUCAGACUUAGAAGAGGCCAUCAGAACGGCAAGACAAGCUUUCGACUCGACUCCAGACGAUCAUCCCGACCGGGCAGGCAGGUUGAAUAACCUGGGAACUAAGCUUGAGAGCCGGUACAAGCGGAUGGGCGAGAUAUCAGACCUAGAAGAGGCCAUCAGAACAGCAAGACAAGCUGUCGACUCGACACCAGAAGACCAUCCCGACCGGGCAGGCUACUUGAACAACCUUGGAGUUUUCCUUGAGAGCCGGUACGAGCGGACAGGCGAGAUGUCAGACCUAGAAGAGGCCAUCAGAACAGCAAGACAAGCUGUCGACUCGACACCAGAUGACCAUCCCGGCCGGGCAGCCUGGUUGAGCAACCUGGGGAAUAUGCUUGGCCUGCGGUACAAGCGGACGGGCGAGAUGGCAGACCUAGAAGAGGCCAUCAGAACGGCAAGACAAGCUUUCGACUCGACUCCAGACGACCAUCCCGACCAGGCAGCCCGCUUGACUAGCCUGGGAACCAAGCUUGGCCUGCGGUACAAGCGGACGGGCGAGAUAUCAGACCUAGAAGAGGCCAUCAGAACGGCAAGACAAGCUGUCGACUCGACACCAGACGAUCAUCCCGACCGAGCAGCCUGGUUAAACAACCUGGGAAACAAGCUUGAUCUGCGGUAUAAGCGGACGGGCGAGAUGGCAGACCUAGAAGAGGCCAUCAGAACAGCAAGACGAGCUAUCGACUCGACACCAGAAGACCAUCCCGACCGGGCAGCGUACUUGAACAACCUGGGAAACAUGCUUGAGGGGCAGCACAAGCGGACGGGUGAGAUGGCAUACCUGGAAGAGGCAAUUAGAACAGCAAGACAAGCUAUCGACUCGACACCAGAUGACCAUCCCGACCGGGCAGCGUACUUGAACAGCCUGGGAAACAUGCUUGAGGGGCAGCACAAGCGGACGGGUGAGAUGGCAUACCUGGAAGAGGCAAUUAGAACAGCAAGACAAGCUAUCGACUCGACACCAGAUGACCAUACCGAACGGGCAGCGUACUUGAACAGCCUGGGAAACAUGCUUGAGAGGCGGUACAAGCGAAUGGGUGAGAUGACAGACCUAGAAGAGGCGAUUAGAACAGCAAGACAAGCUGUCGACUCGACUCCAGGCGAUCAUCACAACCGGGCAACCUGCUUGAACAACCUGGGAACCAAGCUUGGCCUACGGUACGAGUGGAUGGGCGAGAUGGCAGACCUAGAAGAGGCCAUCAGAACAGCAAGACAAGCUGUCGACUCGACUCUAGACGACCAUCCCGACCGGGCAGCCUGGUUAAGCAACCUGGGAAACAAGCUUGGUCGGCGGUACGAGCGGACGGGCGAGAUGGUAGACCUAGAAGAGGCCAUCAGAGCAGCAAGACAAGCUGUCGACUCGACUCCAGACGAUCAUCCCGACCGGGCAGGCAGUUUGAGCAACCUGGGAAACAAGCUUGUUCGGCGGUACGAGCGGACGGGCGAGAUGUCAGACCUAGAAGAGGCCAUCAGAGCAGCAAGACAAGCUGUCGACUCGACACCAGACGAUCAUCCCGACCGGGCAGCCUGGUUGAACAACCUGGGAAAUAAGCUUGAUCUACGGUACGAGCGGACAGGCGAGAUGGUAGACCUAGAAGAGGCCAUCAGAGCAGCAAGACAAGCUGUCGACUCGACACCAGACGAUCAUCCCAACCGGGCAGGCAGGUUGAGCAACCUGGGAAACAAGCUUGGCCUGCGGUACAAGCGGACAGGCGAGAUAUCAGGCCUAGAAGAGGCCAUCAGAACAGCAAGACAAGCUGUCGACUCGACGCCACAUGGCCAUCUCGACCGGGCAGCCUGGUUGAGCAACCUGGGGAUUAUGCUUGAGAGGCGGUACGAGCGGACAGGCGAGAUGGUAGACCUAGAAGAGGCCAUCAGAACAGCAAGACAAGCUGUCGACUCGACUCCAGACGACCAUCCCAACCGAGCAGGCAGUUUGAGCAACCUGGGGAACAAGCUUGUUCGGCGGUAUGAGCGGACGGGCGAGAUGGCAGACCUAGAAGAAGCUUCCUCAACCUUACAAGACGCUUGGCAUUGUCAAUCAGCCGUUCCCUUCCAUCGCAUCCAGGCCGGCGCCCGAUGUCUGAAACUCCUCGCUCCUCAACACAAGACUGGUGCCGCUAUAGACCUCGGGAAAAGUAUUAUCGACCUACUCCCGACCGUCAACACGAAAUUACUCGACCGUGCCGAUCAGCAGUUCGUCGUCUCCACUUUCAGCGGCGUCGCCGCUGACUUGUGCGCUUUCCUUCUUCAAUCUGACCAGCCAGCGGACGCCCUCCACUAUCUUGAGAAGGGCCGCGCUGUGAUUAUUGGCCAGCUGAUGGACUCCCGGAGCGAUUUGUCCCUCUUGAAACGGCAGCAUCCCGAUCUUGCUUGUCGAUACCAACAGCUCCGAGACGAAGUCAAUAGCCCGCUCCGUCAAGUGGACCAAGACAGAAUACAGGCACAGCUGCGAAUCCGCCGUCUUGAGGCCCUGGCCGAGCUCGACGUAUGCAUUCACGAGAUCCGAGGGACUACUGGCCACGAGCGCUUCAUGCUGGGCCAGGAAACGGCAGAGAUGCAAGAGUGCGCCGCCGGGGGGAGCAUCGUCGUCGUCAACAUUACAACAUUCCGAAGUGACGCGAUUAUAGUUUCUCCAAUAGCCAUCAAAGCACUCAAUCUGCCGAUGCUAGCUGCCGAGGAUGCAAGGGCUUGGCUAAGCAAGAAAUGGACAGGCCGCAGAUCAGAGCGCGCACAGAAGAACAGGGAAUAUCUCAAAUAUCUAUCCUGGCUGUGGGAUGCGUGUGUUAAGCAGAUUCUUGACGAGAUUGGCCACAGCCACAACGCGGUGAACGGCCUGCCGAGGAUAUGGUGGAUCGGCGCCGGCCUUGCCAGCGCGAUGCCUUUUCAUGCCGCGGGAAUACAUUCCGCUGAUUCGACGGAGAAUGCGUUUACCAAGGUUAUUUCAUCCUAUACUCCGUCUAUCAAAGCACUUGCGCAUGCACGGCGUCGAGCCGGGACCACAGAAAGCGCCCGAGGAUCGGUUCUGAUUGCUACCAUGCAGACUACACCAGGCAACGCUUCGUGCCCUGACCUUCCCGGUGUCGUUGAAGAGAAGGAUCGGCUAAUGGAUGCGAUCAACGGCCAUCUUCCCGUACAACAUCAGGAGUUGCCUAGCGUGGAGGAUGUUAUUGAGGGGUUGCGAAACUGCUGCAUUGCGCACUUUGCCUGCCAUGGAUUUACGGACCAUCUGGAUCCUUCCAAGAGCGGACUAAUCUUGCAGAGCCGGGCAACUUAUUGGGGCGACGGAGAGGUGGCUCUGGCACUGCGCGAUGCUGUGAUGGAGGUGCGGGAGAGGGAGUUGAGGAUGCCGCUGGUGUGGGCGCAGUUUGUUCACUUCGGUGCGUAG